AUGAGCUUCGACACAAUCCGGCCGCGGGCCCGGCCAGCACAUACCCCCGGAACGACCGUCCUCACAUACACCCCCAAUGGACGCCAUGUGAUCAGUGCCGGCUCCAACAACGCAAUCCGCAUAUAUACGGUUGGCGAUGACGGCGAACCCAAGACCAUCGAUGACGGAGUCGAGGCGAAUUUUGGCAUUGCUGCGACGAAUGACUGUUUUAUGCUUGGCGCCGAAGAUGGAACCGUCUGGCGCUACGACAUCGAGUCCGGGAAGAUGGACAAAUUGCUCCUGCGGUGUGCGCUGCCCGUGCGCGAUUUGGCGAUUUCGGGGGAUGGACAGUGGCUUGCUGUUGCUAGCGAUGAACUGACAGUCAAAAUCGUCAACGUGAACGAUAUGACCAACGUGAAGUACCUCCGGGAACAAACCAAAGGCUCUAAACACGUCUCCUUCGACCCCAGCGGUCAAUUCGUCGCGGUCUCCUGCACAGACGGGGUUUUGUAUAUCUACUCGCUUGUCUCGGCUGAUGAGCCGGAAUUACUACGCAAAAUCGAUGGCGCUAUUAGACGACUCGAGCCGGAAGAUGAGGCUACUUCGCGGGUCGUGUGGCAUCCAGAUGGCACGGCUUUUGCCACUGCGCAGGCGACGCGCGAGAUUGCUGUGUUUUCUACCUCGGACUGGACACGGCAGCAAUCGGCAUCGUUUACGAGCGGUAGUGCCCAUGAUGGAGACAUAACAGCGUUAGAUUGGGCACCGAACGGGGCACUCCUCGCUACGUCAGGCGCAGAUGGGCAGAUUUUGCUGUGGGAGACUAGCACGCAGAAUAUCUUGAAACGGUAUAAUUUCGCCAAUGUGAUAAACCUCGCGUGGCACCCGUCGCUAAAUUUGCUCUGCUUCGCCACGUCGGACGGCGAGGUGUAUAUCCACGACAACUUUGUGCCGAAGGAGUACCAGUCCAUUCUCGAGAAGAGGCUUGAGUCAUUUUCCGGUUCUCGCUCUGCCUCCGGUCCAUUGGGAGAAACGUCUGGGAAUGCGAGAAAAGGACAACCUAUACCGAAUAGACCGAAGGCUCGAGGAGUCGAAAACGGGCUUAGAAGAGGCGGCACGCCUGACUCCCUGGAUGAUCUGUUGGAAUCGGUUGGUGACGGCGACGAAGAUAAUUUCGUGGAAGACGACGACGGCGCUGGCUAUGCGGAGGAAGGCCUCAAUGCGAAUGGCAAACGCGGGAAUGGUCAUUUGGAUGGACCGGAAGGUCCAGAUGCGAAACGCCUGGCGUCGUAUUGGCAGCCUACUUUUCAUGAAUCGUUUCAGCCGGGGAGCACGCCGUGGAGGGGGAAUCGACGAUAUCUAUGCUUGAAUCUGACCGGGGUCGUCUGGACAGUCGACCAAGAGUCGCACAAUACCGUCACGGUUGAAUUCUACGACAGUGAAAUGCACCGAAACUUUCACUUUACGGAUCCUUAUCGAUACGACAAGGCUUGUCUGAACGACAACGGCACACUAUUCACAUCCUCAUCGCCGCCGGACGGCGGUCCAGCAACCAUAUACUACCGCCCACACGAAACAUGGACGACGCGCGGUGACUGGCGCACGCAAUUACCAGAUGGCGAAACCAUCACAGCCAUUGCCCUGAGCGAGUCGUACAUUGUCGUUCUGACGUCGGCGAAUUAUGUCCGCAUAUACACUCUAUACGGCACGCCGUUCCGAGUAUACAGACAAAAAAGCCCGGCUGUAACAUGUGUUGCAUGGCGGGACUAUAUCAUGACCAUUGGCAACGGCCCGGUUGGCCAUGGCGGGUUCUCGUCACUGACAUAUUCGAUUGAGAAUGUGAAGCGGGAUGAGAUUUGCCAAAAUGAGGAUGUAGUGGCUGUAACAGAGGGCGAGGGAUUGAAGAAUGUGUUUUUCUCCGAUAAUGGGGAUCCCUGCAUUUACGAUACUGAAGGCGUUCUCCUCAUCCUACAGCACUGGCGCACCCCCGGCCAAGCACGCUGGGUCCCUCUCCUCGACACCAGACAGCUCGAUCGACUCUCCCAAGGCCGGAAGGAAGAGACCUACUGGCCGGUGGCUGUGGCACAGGACAAAUUCCACUGCAUCAUCCUCAAGGGCAGCGACAGGGACAACCAUCCAUACUUCCCGCGCCCUCUCCUCAGCGAAUUCGACUUCAAGAUCCCCAUCUCCAGUAGCAGCAAUAAUCAGAAGAAAAACCAAAAUGAAGACGACGAAAUGGACAACGACACCUCCUCAAACAACGACGCAACUCGCUUCCAAGAAUCCUUCGUCCGCUCCAACCUCUUCUACAGCCUAUUCCAGGACCUUCUCUCGACAACCAACGCAACGCGCAACCAACGCGCCGAGCUGGGCCGCCGAGAAGUCGAAAUCGACAAGAUCCUGCUGCAGAUGCUGGCCGUGGAGUGUCGGGAGGGUGAAGAGCGUGGAAUGAAGGCGCUCGAGUUGGUAGGUAUGAUGGCCGAUCGGAGCGGGAAAAUGGUCGAGGCAGCAGUGAAGAUUGCGCAGAGGUAUGGACGCUCGAUACUAGAGGAUAAAAUUCGGGAGUUGGCGGAGAGGAGGAUGUUGGGUGUUGAAGGAGAGGAUGACGAGCUUGCUUAA